CCACUGUUUCUUCUGAGAUAUAAGAAGACAUAUUUUACUAAUCAUGUUUACCGGUUUUCCUACUGUUGUUUCAAGUAUGGAGUACGCUAAAACCCUGGUCCCUACACCAAUAAAGAGGUCAGUGUCCUCUGUGCAGUCUGCGAUAGCUCAGCGGAUUCUGCCCCCGGCUCAGCCCCGGCCCUACAGAGUCUGCACCCAGAGCCGCCUCAGGACCAGCGUUCUGGUGGCCACCUCUUUAACUGACCUGCUGAAAAAGUCUGCUCGAUCCUUUCUGAUGACCUACCAGUUGAUGACGCUGGUGCUGGAGGAGGACGGGACAGUGGUGGACUCAGAGGCCUUCUUCCAUUCCCUCCCACCCAACACUCUCUUCAUGGUUCUGGAGAAAGGAGAGGAGUGGACCCACAACCCGCAGGCCUUGUCCAGCUUCAGGAAGCCAAAGAGAAAUGAAAUUGCCAAGCUAAGCUUUGACAUGUCUAAGCUGAACCCACAGGAUUUUCUUGGCUGUCUUACUGUAAAGGCCACACUGUACGAGAUAUACUCCCUCUCCUACGACAUCAAGUGCUCUGGAUUCAAGCACAUUUUCAAGUCUUCACUGCGAUGUAUGAUGCAAGUAACCAAAGCCGCUGCUCACAUUCUUCUUUACGGAUCCUCAUAUGUGCUACACUACAUCGGUGAUGAGCGCCGUUAAUCAAGUGCCCUGUUUAUAUCAUCGCAUCUGACAUGACAAAGGACAUUAUCAUGCUUUCAUUACACUAUAUUUGAAUUUGAACAUUCAUCUCACAAGAAAGGAAGGAAGGAAGAGGAAUGUCUAUCAUGUUUUAAAGGAUUUGCUGCUGAGAAAUCCAGCUCACAGUGACUUUUUCUGGUAGCUGGGUUCAGAUAGUUUGAACUGGUGUUUGAUAUAUAUGUUUGUUGAUGUACAGUAUGUUGAUGUAUGGUGUUUGAUGUAUGUUGCAACUGAUUGUGAUGCCUGUUAACUGUUUGAUUUGGUCCAUGCAGGGUUAAGCAGCAUCAGUCAGAUUCAGUCUUUUACAUUAUUUUCUCUUUUUUUAGACAAACAUGCCAUGUAGCAUUUUAAUGUGAAUUAACUGUAAAUAUUUGAUUGUACUGUUGCAUUAUGCUGUGUCACUUACAAUAAUACAUGUAUAUAUUUGUGAAAUCUAUGUGUAUAUAAAUGUAUAUAACUGUAACUGUGUCUGUCAGAUCUGUGUAGUAUCUGUACCCUAGGGAAAAAAGUAGAUUAAAGUAUACUAAGCAUUAUUAUGCUAUAGUGCACUCAAGUGUACUUGUAGCCACAUUAUUAAUCAGAGUGCCUAAAUAGAACAACUUUUUUUGUACUUAUUAUCCUUUAAUUACAUAAAAAAUGUACAAAAGUAUUACUAAAA